GACCGACGUCGGGGCUCCACACAUUUCGCUCCGAGCCGACGGAGUCAAACCAAAGCAAGACUCGAACCGGAACACUUCGUCUACGCAACUCGCUCAGCGAAAAAAUUCGUGCAAGAAUUUCAAAUGUUUAUGUCGCGGUUUACGAGUGAACUUUUGAAAAACAUUUAAAAAAAAUGUCUUCGGUCGGUUCGCUGGAGGCGACUCCGAGCAACAACAUUAUACGUACGGGGGUGUUUAAAAAAUUGAAAACUUCCCGCAAGAAGUUCUUCGUGCUACGCAACGAAACUUCUGAGGCUUUGGCCCGUUUGGAGUAUUACGAUUCGGAAAAGAAGUUUCGCGCGGGAGUUCCCCCAAAACGCAGCAUCCCUUUGCGGACGUGUUUCAAUAUUAACAAAAAACAAGACUCUAAGCACAAAUUUGUGAUCGCCCUGUACACUAAAGACGAUUGUUUUUCGAUAGUGUUCGACAAUGAGGAGGAAAUGAAAGUGUGGCUCAAGGAUUUUCUCACUUUGCAACACGGCGAAGAGAUUCUUGAAGGGGAAAUUUUGAAACCGAAAUUUGAAUAUGUAUGGCAAGUGACGCUGUGCGAAAGAGGACUGGGUGCAGGUCGUACCGGUGUCUAUCGGCUUUGUCUGACAGACAAAACUGUUACUCUGGUGAAAAUAGACGAACCAAUUCCUACAGUUAUUGAACUAUCAUUGGCCAGCGUCAGGAGUUGUGGAAACUUGAAGAACUUUUUCUUCCUAGAGGUGGGCAGAAUGAGCGAAAUCGGUGCCGGAGAAAUUUGGUUCGAAGCCGACGACACCAACAUCGCUUUGAAUAUCCAGACAACCGUCAGCCAUCGAUUCAAGUUGGCAAGAGAACGGAGCAAAACUACCAGCUCCACGGAACCAUCUUCUGAUCUACAACCUAAAGGACGUCAUAGAUCUGCCAGCGCUACUGAGUCAGCUAAAAACAGCAAAAAAGACAAACCUGUUAAGGGUAGUGGGAUUCAGGCUCAAGAUACUUCAAUUUCUGAAAGUACACUAACAACCCCUGUAACUGCAACUUGUAGCAGUACCAAUAAUACUGUGAGUGGUGUGGCGAUGAGCAUUUACAACCACCUUCUGCAUAGGAGCACCGGUAAAAGGAGACACUCGAUUUCAGGCGGAGGUACUAACUGGUCAAAUCUGGGAAAUCACCAGCGCACCCAAUCGUUACCGGUCACUAGUGCACCUGCAACCACAACAACCACAACCACCGAUAAUUCUUCCAUUUAUUUAACCAAUCAUCAUCAGAAAAAGAGUCAGGGUGCACCCGGAGGGGGCAAAUGCAGUUUCAGAGAAAGGUGCGACAGUAUGCCUACAAGACCUAGAACCAGUAGCGAAGGAACUCAUGGGAAUCCAAGCUGGGGCAAGCCAUAUUUGGUACCCUUUAGAAAUAAUCAUCUAAGAGAUGCUUCCCAUAGUCCUCCAAUUGGGAGUCCAAUGAGUCCUCCAUCAGAUUCCACUGGAUCAUCAUACAGUUUGCCUGACGAACACGACGGACACGACAUAAUGGAGUACCGUCACUAUUCCACAAUGACCCCAGAAGAAGUAAUAGCUGAAGAAGACUAUCCGGAAUCACCUAGAGCCAACAACCAAUCAGGCGAUUAUUUGCCAAUGAAUUUCCACAACAACUACACUGAAAUGUCUAUUGGAGCUGCUUCCAACAGUGCCAGCAUGAGUAGUGUAACCUCAGGCACUCCAAGUGCCGACUUACGUUUAGCCGACUACCCAUUGGACAAAGUGUUUUCUUAUGUUUCGGCAGACGGCGAUGACACUAGGCCGUGCCGAGCUUACUCGGUUGGUUCCAAACCUCCGGAUCAACUAUCAAGCACGCCAGAGAACGCUAGAGUGCGCGCAUUCAGUGUUGGUUCCAAAACCAAAAAGUACUUCAACAGAGUCCUGGUACCAACAACCCACCAUCACAUUCCAGGCGUCAAAUCCAGCAGUGCUCCACUUUUAUUGCCUAAUUCCCGCACUGGAAGCUCGCACGGUUCCAUCAACCAUAACCCAAUGGAUGAUUUAAUGGAAAUGGACUUUUCUUCAAAUGGUACUAGUAGGUCGAGGAGCAGCACUAACGCUUCGGGUUCUAGCGCAAAUUCCUGCAACCAUCGCAACAGCAGCUGUAAUGGUACCAAAGGGAAAUUCUUUGGGUUCUUGGAGCAUUUUGGCGUCAGCAUCGGCGACAAGAAGCAUAACAACAACACUUGCAAUGGCUAUGUGGAAAUGAAACCAGGACGUACUGUUUCAACUGACAGUCCUUAUGUGGACAUGAGCCAAGGACAACGUUUGAAUCACAAAGAUUUGACUGCUAUGCACGAUAUGGCUGUUGCUGCAAACUCGCAACCUUAUUAUUUGGAUAUGAGCGGCAAUAAUCCUAAUAAUGAUGUACCUUUGGUUGGACAUCCUUAUUCGCCUUAUUUGGAUAUGAGCGGUAGUACUACGGUCAAGGAUAAUUCACCUUAUAUGGAUAUGAGUGGUAGUAAUGCUGCUGCUAAUGUUGCCACCAGGGAUCAGUAUAUGGAUAUGACUGGAUCCAGUCCAGUCCAUGCCAGUCCCAGACUAAACGCAAUCACCCUCCACGAUUACAUCAAACAGUUCGGGCGCAAUCCCCUAGGCGAAAAUUACCGUCACGACUACGUGGACAUGAACCAGCAACAACGUCAAAGAACCAAUUCCAACACAACUACCAGUUCCAAAAGCAGUGCAAUGUCGCCUGGAGCCUGGACCACUGACCACUCCCACGAUUAUCUGGACAUGUCUGGCAAAAACACUACCAAACGCACUAAUUCGUUUUCAUCAUCUCCACAUUUUGAAGCCACACCAUUUGAUCCUAUUCCAGAAGGCAGUGCACGAGAUACUGACGGGUACGUGGACAUGACUCCUGGCGAUUUCCAGGACCAAAGACGAACCAGCACCGACAGUGACUAUUUAAACAUGUCUGGCAUCAAUUUGUCUUCUAAAAACGACAAAGUGCGGUCACAACCUAUUCCCAUUCAAACCACUGCAGUUAAAAACUCAAGCCCCAUGACAAUUUCUUCUUUGUUGGGGGCAACCAGGAAGUUGUCGCCACCCAAAAUGCAUUUGCCUUUGAGCUCCUACUCUAGUCUACCUAGACAAAAAACCUCUUCCAGAAAAUCCUUGCAAUCGCAAGCAGGUAGCUCAAAAGAUAGUUCUUUGAGCUCAAGCGUCACUACAACCCCAUCCAGCUCUUCGACAAUGUUCCCGAUGAGCCUCAACAGCCCAACAUCACCUUUGAGUGCCUCCAGCAAACCGAGCUCAAUGAAAGUUCCAGCCUCGGUCCUGAAUGUUCCCUACAAAUCAAAUAAAAAGAAGCCAAGCGAAGAUUAUAUGAUGAUGGACUUUGACAGUAAACCAGUGGACGAUUCUGCUUAUGUAAACUACUGUCCAGGACCGUCUCAGAGCAUGAUGAGAAACAGUCAAAGUGAAGGCGAUUAUGCUGUAAUGAAACCUGGAGUUUUUAAAAGUACAACGUUGCCACGUGUUAAAACUGGCAUGGUUUCACCUGGAUUAGCUUCGCCUUUGGCUAAUGUUGGUUUAAGCGACAGACAAUGCUUUAUGCCUAUAAGAGAAAAAGACGAAAGGAUGACUAGUCCUAAACCAGGAGAUGUUCCAGAAAAAACAGAUGAUAAGUCUCUGGAAACGGCUAAUAUGGAAUUCGAAGACGAAUCCAGGGCCUACGAGAGGUUGAAAUCGCCUGCAGCCAAAAUUUCCAGGCCGAAUUCGUCGAAUUCGGAUCAAAUUAAGACUGGCGCGGUCCAGAGGCCCGCGUCUACAACCGGAUCUGAGAAAAUUGCUUCGCGGCCUUCGUCGGUGUGUUCGGAAGGCUUAGCUUCCAGACUAGGUUCCAACUCAAGUGUAUACUCGUCAAGUUCCUCUACAUCUACAGUUGUUGGUGUUUCUACUACUAACGAAUCUGAACCGCAAACACCACGUUUACACUAUGCCAGUUUGGAUCUGGGCGAGUCUACAUCAGAUGGUAAGGCACUGAGGACUGACCCUAGUGACAUGGUUGAAAAUCAAGUCACUGGCACUUUUGUGUAUGCCGACAUUGAUUUUGUGAGAAGCGAGGAGUUGAGUAAAGGCCCUAAUGCGGCCGCUACAAGUGCAGUGAAGAAUUAACACUGCGUUUUAGGCAAUUUUUUAUUUUUAUUUUAGGGCAAUUUUUCCUAAACGACAUUAGAUUUAAAUAUACCUAGGACAAUGUAUAAGAUGCUUUAUUAUUACGCUUACAUCUAAACAGAAUUUUUCUAUUCAAAUUUUUUUGUUUUAUCUCUAAAUAGACUGAUAAAUUAUUUGUACAAACAAUACUUUUGCCCCCCACAGCUUGUGUUUUUGUUUUUUCCUAUAUACAUAUAAUAUAUUAUGUCAAAGCAUAUCAAUUGAAAAAAAUUUGAAAAAAAAAAACAAAAACAAUAUGUAAGCCCAUUUGUAAAACAAACACUCGAUUAUAGGCAAAUAUAUUAUUAUACGAGGUUGAGCUUAUUGAGGCCUGAUGGAAGUUGGCAUAUAUUAUAAUAUACAGAGGUCAUGAUAAGGUUAAAUAGAAAACGAAAACGAUUUUUCCUGUUGCAUUUCCAGUAGAGUCCAGCAUAAAGCGCUACUGGAAAUGUUGGAGAUGGAAUAGGGAAAAUAUUCACUUGACCUGUAUUACCUAUGUUGAUCCACAUGGCCGCAUUCGUUCGCCCCAAAAAAUUAAAUUAAAUAUUAAACUUUUAGCGAAUAAGGUUUUUUUUUUAGUUGGGCAUUAGUGCCGUUUUUCUUUUAUAAUGAUAUUUUAGGCCAAAUUUAAUUAAAGCGUGUUUUCCGUAUGAUGGUACCGGAGGAUUUAUUUGGACUAAAUUUUAACACAUGAUUGUUUGAAAUUCAAAGUUCCUAUAUAUAAAAGCAAGAUUAAUAUGAAAAGACAAAACUACCUCUAGCUGCCAAAAAAAAAGUGAAAAAUUUUGAAAAGUCCUUUAGAUUCUUUGGUACCAAUUUGCUUAUACAAGUAGAUUCACACAUUACAGUAUUUUUACAUUUGUAACGUUUCUUUUUUUUUUUAAUCAAUUUAUUUAUUUGAGAGGUAUAUAGGUACUUCUCUCUAUGUCUCCCCCCCUAAACUAAAAUGUAUACUACCUAUAUAUAGUUUUAGUGAAAUUUAAUUAUUAUUAAUAUUCGUUAUUUGAAAUUUUAAUAAGUUUUUGGCUCUACUAUAUAUAUUGCCAUUUCCUUUUAAGUUUAAUCUUAGAAUAAUUUUAUUUGUUGAAAAAGGGUCAAUUACAUAAUACAUAUUAUGAAAUUGACUCUCGACUAUAAUAGGUCUGUUGUUUCUAUAAAAAAAAAAAAACUUGUUUUUGACAAUUAUUAUUGGAACAGACCUAAAAUUAUUAUGAUUGAAGCUCAAAAGAAAUGUAUUCCUAUAGUAAUAGUUCAAAAUAUCCUCUUUUUAUUGUUUUUCCUCCCCUCACUCUUAACUUUUAAGUUUUGUUUAAUUUAGUUUAUUUAUUUGUACUCCUUAUUUCGAUCGUUGUUGAGCAUAAUUUUUUGUUAAUAAUUCUUUGUAGGGAAGUUUUUGAUUGUUGAAACAAAUUUAUCUAGAAAGGACAACAAAAAUGAGUAUUUCUUAUUGUUUUUUGAAUAAUCGUAUGGUGUAAUUUUUUUGCUAAACAAUAACCUUUGCAUUUAAACCUCUUUGUAUUGUUAACAGGAAAAUGUUCAAUAAAAUAUUUUUAACAAAAUUUCUGUUGCAGUUUAUU